AUGGUAAUAGACGACAAGGAGAACCAGGGGUUGGCCACAAUAUAUCUUGACCGGUCGGCGUGCUCCACGCCAUUGAGGCCCAAGGACGAGAACGUGUCAGAACCACAAACACCGUUGAGCCGUAAACCAGUCUCUUCUGGAAGCAGUCGGCACCAACAAUUGCAACAAGCUCAAGUGGUGAAGAAGAAGUCCAUUUCGGGAUUUGCAGUAACAACACCAGAGAGACGUAAACGGAGCGGGUCUGUAUCCGUUUCGCCAAACAGGUUAGAAAGGCAGUGUGCUGAUCUUAUACUUGAAAAUGCAAGACUGACACGCGAAAAGGAGAAGAUUGAGCUGGAAUUGCUGGCAAAUGAAAAAGAGGCACUGUUAAAGCAACAGAGGAUUAACGAAUUGAUCAAGGAGAACAAGACAUUGGUGAACGACCUCGUCUCGGAGCGCGAAUUCAACGAGAAGGAAUUCGUGAAUUGGCAUGCUUCCAAGCAGACUUAUGAGAGGAAAAUACAGCGGCUCACAAGUUUGGUGCAUAGCAAUGAGGAAAGGGUGAAAGAUAAGGAAGAAGUGGUCGAUUCAGCGCAACCUCACCGUCGUUCCUAUGAACAUCAUUCGCAGUUUAUAGAAGGGGAGCAGCAAAGCACCGAGAGGUUGAGCAAACGAAUCAAGGGCCUAGAGCGCGAGAUCGAACUCGAAAAGAGCUCCAAGAUGUUGAUCAUUGAUGAGUUUGAGAUGUUCAAGCUGCAGCUCCAAGAUUUCGAGGAGAAAUACAAUUCCCUAAAGGAAGACUAUGACAAGCUGGCCAAAGAGGAAGAAGGUUCGCAAUCACACCACGGAUGGGAUGAGUCUGAUGAUGAGGCUCAUAGCCCGCAUGAUUUCCGUCAGUAUCAGUCGGACUCCCAGAACUUCACAUCUCUCGCAGAGGAGCUCAACUCGCUGCCCUCCGCAGACUCGACGAUACCCAGGUCAACUUCUGCUUCGUCUAAAAACUCCACAUCAAACAGACUAUCCAGCUUUGGACAAAUGCUCCAUGGAAUAGAGCUACAAAAUCAAGCACACAUUCACAAACAGGAGCUGAUGAAGAUCACAUUCGAACUGAAAUCUCUACAGCUUCAAAACGAAAAAUUGCACAGUUAUAUCGGGUUCCUGCUGCAGUCACACCCACAGAACGGCGAAGUGUUCAAGGAAAAUAUUGAGUAUUCGGAUGCCAUAAACAUAGCUAGUGCGCGCAAAACGCUCAAGAAAGUCAUUCGAUGCGCAAGUGCGUUGCCCGUCCGGCCGCUGAAUUUUGAUGCGACUCCGCUGCAACAUCGCAAAUCUGAUGCUGCUAUAAUACUAGAAAGGUUCAGACAGGAUACCGCCAGCGAUGGCUCGUCUUUUGGAGGAGACGAGGCCGACGAGUGGGAAGGAACACCGGCUUCUUCUCCUAUGAAGUUCAAUAUCUCUCUAGAGUCUCUCGAGGAGAUUCUCGAAGAGGAUCCGCAACUGCACUACGAACUCCCACAGUCAUGGUUAUCAAGCGAAAACUCGGUGAUCAUCCACGAGUCUUCACGUACGAUCAAGAGAUACGAACUUAAUCCAAGGGAGCUUUUGAGAGGGUUGAUCACAUUUGGAAUGAAAAGCAGGACGAAGUACAAGGAAUUGGACUUGGAUGUGGAUUAG